CAGGUUGAGCUGGCAAGUAGUAGAAGCCUGGUAGAGCAGGUUUCGUUAACCUUGGACACUGCUCAUUGGACCUUGCCUCACACGGAGAGUUUUUAUAUCACAUUGAUGGUGUUGUCUCUGCUGAAAGAUCAUGGAGGGAACAAUGACUAGUACAAGGAAUUUUUUGAAUACUACUGAAGAGACAUAUAAUGAUGAAGAAAAACUUCUGAAUUCUUGGCUACUGGUGGCCUCUCCAUGGCCGGUGGCCGCUAUCCUCACUGGCUACCUCACCUUCGUCCUGUGGCUCGGCCCACGUCUCAUGGCCAGCAGGAAACCCUACGAAUUGAAGCUGCCCAUGAUGGUCUAUAACCUCUACCAGGUCAUCUACAACGGGUGUCUGGUCGGCUGGUUUUUCACACAUCCAACUGCAAUAUCAUACAUUAUGCAACAUGGAUGCCAUCCACUUGAUCCAAAGGAAAAUCCUUUGAGAACUGAGCUUCAUCUAGCUUCCUGGUGCUACUUAUUUGCCAAGAUAGUUGACAUGAUCGAUACAAUAUUUAUGAUUCUAAGAAAGAAGAAUUCCCACGUGACUUUCCUCCACCUGUACCACCACACUAGCAUGGUUGCAUUUUCCUGGCUCAGUGUAAAAUACAUACAAGCGGAGCAAGGAAUCGUCCUGGGAGUGCUUAACUCCUUCGUUCAUGUUGUCAUGUACACCUACUAUUUCCUGGCAGGACUUGGGCCAGAAGUCCAGAAGUUCCUUUGGUGGAAGAAAUACAUAACAAAGUUACAACUGACGCAGUUUGUGUUCGCUAUAGCUUUCAUGGUGUACCUGUUCUACAACAACUGCUCAGUCUCCCAGAUAUACAAUGUCAUCUGGGUGACAAACGUAGGUGUUAUCAUGGCCUUGUUUGUCAACUUUUAUAUACAGACGUACAUCAAGAAGCCUAGUGCUAAGAAGACUACGUGAUUAUCUUUGUAAAGUUGUUUUUAUUAUAAAGGAAAAAUCUUUCGUGAU